GCUUGAGGCCAGUAAGUUCGGGGUCCAAUCUGUCCAUGCAACCAAGCAGCUGAAAUUUAGUACCGUGCUUAUCGGCUCCGACAAGGAUCCUGAUCUCUCUCGUAUUUUAUUUCAUCGUCCGUUGCUUUCUCAAGCCGAACGUGCGAGGAGUCCCUGUUGACAUGAACAUCCUGGGAGAAUCAUACAAAACUACGGACACAUCGAUCUGCCGUCCGAGGAGGAGCAUCGUCCUUGACGAUGCUGCCGUUCCCCCACGACCGAAGACGUGUAGGUCCAUUUGUUUUAUAUCCAUUUCCCCCAUUUUCCUCUCAUAUAUUAAUUACUAUUAUGCAUUUCUUCUCUUCCCUCUUGAGGAAAAUAGAGGAGACACCGUCAAGACAUUAGUAGAUACACAUACGCAAAGGCCUAAGCUUGAACGGGUCUCGAUUGAUCAGAUUUUGGACUAGAUUCAUUGAUUGGAGAUGGCGGAUUGGGGGCCGGUGGUGAUAGGGGUGGUGCUGUUCGUGUUGCUGACGCCAGGGCUGCUGUUUCAGCUGCCGGGAAACAAGCGGCCGGUUGAGUUCGUGAACAUGCAGACGAGCGGCAUCUUCAUCUUCAUCCACACCAUCAUCUUCUUCGGCCUCAUCACCAUCUUCCUCAUCGCCAUCGGCGUCCAUAUCACCACCGGCUAGCUUCCUGCUGAUUGCUAGCGAAAUUAUUCAACUUCGCAUCAUCAUCAUCAUCAUCAUCAUCAUCGUGGCUAUCCAGUUCAUGAUUAAAUACCAUGGAUUUAUACAUACCAUGUCAAUUAAUUUGAUCGUUAUGGUAAUUACGACGAAAUGAAAUGGCUGCGGCUAUUGCUAGUAGUGUCAGUUUUAUUCAGCCAAAAAAAAAAAAAGAGUAGUGUCAGUUUAGUUGCUCUCUUUUUCUUUUUUCCUGCUGAGUGAUCCUUGUAGCUGUAUCCUCCUAUUAUUUCUGUUGGACCGGCUCGGUCGCAUUAUUCCCCCCUGUCUGUUCUUCACUCGAGCUCAAGUCAAAACUCUCAAAAUGGGCAUGUGUGUCCAUGUAAAGUAA